AUGUAUACAAAGUUUCAUUCAAAUCAGAGUUUCUGGGCUUGCGAGGUUUCUUUAGUCACUAUCGAUUCUUUGACGCAACUGACGAAAUCGUCGCUGGCGGUAGGAGGAUGGAACGAGGAAGGCAAGGAGUUUUUCCUUGUUUCUUCAGAUCCGCAUAGUCAGCAGAUCGGCAAGAAAUUUGAGUUGAUCGAAAAUGAGAAGAACGCCAUCGACCAGGUGGCCAACGGGACGUUCUGUUAUUACGAGAACUCGUAUUUAUUGCGACACAUUCGCGGAAAACGGAUAUUCGAGGAAGAAAACGGUCAAAAGAACAAAAACGAAAAAAAUACAGGAUCGGUGAAGUACAAUUUGCACAUUAUGGAGGAAUGCGUCGUCCACAUGCCGAUCGCGUUAGGGCUGGAGAAAAAUUCUCCGUUGAAGCCCCACGUGAAUUUAUGGGUGAGACGAAUGACGGAAAUUGGUUUAGUGCGCAAAUGGCUGAGCGAUGUCAUGGAGUGGUCCAAGAUCAACGAAUCUCGGCAAAAAUCGAAUUCUGAAACAGCGCUAGUGAAUUUGCGCAAAUUGUACGGCGCUUUCAUUGCUCUGGGAAUCGGUUAUUUUCUCAGCUUCGUAGCUCUACUUGGCGAAAUAAUACAUUGGAGAUAUGUUGUCCUGAGAGAUCCGAAGUAUGACAAAUAUCAUAUGGAUAUAUACUAUAAGAACGAUAAUCAAUUUAAAACUUGA